GAGGGGCGCGACGUGGACGCUCUGGCGAGCACGCACAGCACCGCACCGGCCGUGCCCUCGUCGGCAUGCGCCUGACGCUGCCUCGCAGUCGUCUCCAAGGCCUUCACCAUCCUCUCCGACGGCGACAAGCGCGCCAUCUACGACCGGCAGGGCGGCGACCCCGAUGCGCGGCAGACGAUGGGCGCUGGGCCGGCGUUCCGCGGCGGGCAGCACUUCCGCACGCACGGCGGCAUGAACGGCGAGAUCGACCCGCAGGACCUCUUCAACAUGUUCUUUGGCGGCGGCAUGGGGCCGGGCUUCGGCGGCGGCGGCACGACGUUCUCCUUCGGCGGGCCGGGCGGCGCACGAGUGUACACGGCCGGCGGCGGACAGCGGCGAGCAGGUGCCGGCGGCGCACGCGGGCCGCAGGCGGCCGACUCGUCGCCGCUGCUGCAGCUGCUGCCGCUGCUGAUCCUCGGCCUCUUCUCGCUCAUCUCCUACCUGCCCUCGCUGCUCGCCACGCCCGACCCGUCCUUCACCUGGGCGCCGUCGGGCGCACACACGGCGCAGCGCUUCACGCCGCGCCACGGCGUCAGCUACCACGUGAGCCCGGUGCAGUGGGAGAAGCACCCGUUCGUCGAGCAGUACAAGGCCGGCUCGCACGGCGCGCUCAAGAGCUUCGAGGAGCGCGUCGAGAAUGGCUACAAGAACCAGCUGUAUGCGUCGUGCGAGCGCAGCCGCGAGCACCAGCAGCGGCGCAUCCUCAACACGCGCGGCUUCCUGGGCAUCGGCGGCCAGCCGGAGCUGGAGAAGAAGAUCAGGGCAGAGCGCUACGAGGCUUGCGAGCGCCUCGAGGACUUCGGCAUCUACUUCAACAUUCGCGUCUGAGCUCACUCGCUUUUCCUGCUCGCGCCGCGUCUCACAUCUGUACGACUCAGGGUC